AUGGCUUCAGGACCGGUGGAAAAGUAUGGCUCCAAGCUGGUCGAGAAGGCAGACAAGCUACAGUCUCGACUUACCACGAAUGAUGAUCACUCGAAACCCGCUGGAGGGUUCGAUGCGACUCCUAUCCCCCAUGCCCCACCAGGCUAUACCGUCAAGUUUACCUUCCACCGCGGUGAUGACCUCCCCGUCGCAGACUUCGGCAGUUUCUCCUCAGAUCCCUACGUGCGCGCGCAGCUCCAUGUUGAUUUACCGAAGCGCCAUAAGCAAGAUCCCAUCGUGGAUUUUCGGACCCCAACCGUGCGCAAGAAUAUGAACCCGAUAUGGAACUGUGAAUGGAUUGUCGCAAACGUGCCAGCGUCGGGUUUUCAACUCAAGGCGCAUGUUAUGGACGAAGACCCGGCAGAUCAUGAUGAUAAGCUGGGAAUCGCUUUCAUUGACGUACCUGCGUUGUCCGAAGGAUGGGCCGGAUUCAAGGAACAGUCGUUCAAGAUUAAGAAGCGCUUUGGGAGCAAGCGCGUGUAUGUCUUCACCAACGUAUCUUCAUUUGCUACUCGUCGCCACAAGGAAUCCUUCUUGAUCAUGAGUAUCGAGUGUCUGGGCAAGACACCAGGUACUGAAGGUGGUCAGAUGUAUACGCUCGGUCCAAAUCAUUGGUUCAAGCACUUUUCACCUCUUAUUGGAAGGUUGACCGGAACAAAGGAUCAGGUUCAAUCCUAUGAUGGGAGCGGCAAGCCAAUCAGCCGAUACAAUUUCCAGGCCAUCCAAAUUCAACUCCGAGGUCCAGUUCCCGGAGACCUUUACCAUCGCUAUGUGGAAUUUAAACCUUUCGUCGCUGGCAUGUUCCAAGCCCAAAGCCUGCGUGGGCGAAUCCUACACAAGGCGCUUCAUCAUCAGCACCAGCGCAUCUAUAAUUUCGAUCGCAGCACGCUUGAUGGAACCUUCGCCGAACCGCGUCGAGAGUUUGCGCAGAAAUUUUUGGAAUUUACUAAUUGGGGCCAAAAUGGACGGAUUUUCACCUACGUGAUCACUCUGGACGGACAGUUCCGGUUUACGGAGACGGGCAAAGAAUUUGGAAUCGACAUGCUGAGUAAACAUACGAUGCAUAGCGAUGUUUCGAUAUACAUUGCUUACUCUGGAGAAUUCUUUGUCCGCCGGCGCAUUCAUCGUUCCCGACGCCUUUCGCCAUCGGGCCGUACUGGAACCACCGGAACUUCUGCGACCACUGAGACUACAGAGCGUGGAGAGUCGAGUAGCUUCCCAGUUGAAGAGGAUGGUGAGGUGAUCGAGGAGAUCCAGCAGAUUUCGACCGAACCAUCUGAUUAUGAACUAUUCAUCGACAACGAUAGUGGCACAUAUCGUCCCAAUGCAGAGAAGCUGCCACUCUUGAAACAGUUCAUCUCGUCGAAUUUCCCGGGUCUGCAUGUUACCACAUUGGAUUGUCAAGCCGAUGAAGAGCGGAUGAGCCAAAUGAAGAGCGAGCAGCGGGAGGUAAAAAAGUCACAAGGUCAUCUGGUUACGUACCUGCAGCAGAGCAGUGUGUCAUCGCUCUCCAUCUCUAGUUCCGAUGAAAACGAACUUAAUGAACGUGCCGGAGAGGGGCCUCGACGAGGGGAUCUGUCUCGAAAGGUUCAUGAAAUGCGGGACGUGAAGGGUCAAAUGAUGAAAUGGGUUGAGGCUGAGGGCCAUCCUGAUCGCCCCAAACACCGCUACACAAGUCGUGAACGAGCGGCGUCAACUGGGGAGAUUCGCUCAAGUACCCCUCGACCCAAGCCAAAUGCUGCUGCCUGA